GACAACCUGGAUUGAAAUGGAUUGCUGUGAAAUCGUAGCUUUGAGUCAGAUACCGAAGACAUGAAACGCUGGAUGCAUCAUCCUAACCAGAUUCGUAUCCUUACCGGUGCCUGUACUGAUUGAUCCACAGGUGCUAUUCACGUAACAACCGCGAUUUGGUACUCCUUCAAUCAUAUAUAGCCUCGUUUGACGUCUCUUCCAUUCUCAAGCGCACUAUAUCACUCCAUAUAAUAUCCAUAACUCAUCACCUAUCCCCCAUCUCCUCACCAUGGCUUCUCCAUCACACCAAGUUGUACAAGACGAUAGCAUCCCCUACAGCUACGAACAUCCAUAUCUGUUAACAAGGAGCUUGGAUAAAAAGACCAUCCACAUUUGGUCUCUUACAAACUCAGAGUCACCCGUUCGUGUCUCCACCCUUGAAGGCGAGCUGCCUGAUAGCCCACACCCUCGUAUCUUUGCCGGCAAAUACAUUCUCACCCAUGAAAAUCGGGAGCUCGAUGCCAAAGUCAUCUUGAUUCACAAGAUUGAGGAUGGUACGCUGUCCGACAGCAAAACCAUAAUCUCCGAUAGCAAUCCAGACGAUGCCCUUCACCCCCCAAUACCUGGAGACGCCGCUUUCAUUGCUGCUGUCAACGGCCUUAUUGCCAUCUUCAAGAAUGGAUCUAACUCUAAAGACAGCAUUAUCGAGGUAUAUGGGAUCUCGGAGGAGGGGAAGUUGUUCCUGAAAACUGAACUCAGGCAGACUGCGGAUGGGCCCGAGUUGGGGAGAAGUGGAGAUUACAAAGUUUGGGGUCCAACGGGAUACGUACUUCCGACGUUCAUUGACCUCACUGAAGAUUACUUUACCGGUGCAUUCGGCAAUCAUGAUGUCCAGCUCGUGAAGUGGCUAUCUCCUUCAUCGCAGCCAGUCACCACUCUUCUCGAGCUCCCAGCCACACGCUUCCUAGAGGACCUACCUCAAGCCGCUAUGUCCAGUUGGUUGAAUGAUAAACUGUCCAUUCCUUCCUCAAAUUCCCUUAUCCUUGCACAUCACGAGUUUCCCGUUGACUUCGUUGAUCUGGAGCCCAUUACCGCCAUUCGUUCCGUUAAUCCGGAUACCCUCGAGUUGAAUUGGUGCUCACCGAUCGCCCACAAGACCUCAUUCUUGCGGUACAACGAAUCACUUAACGUCAUUGUGACUUUUGGGGAAGCUAGCUACGUUGAGGGAGAGGGAGAGAAACCGCGUACUAGUGUCUUUGUCGUCGAUGCCGGCACAGGUGCCGUUCGGAAACAGUAUCAAAGCUUCGCACGUUGCGACACUUCUCCUUCCGGAAACGAGAUCGUUGAGGCGUUUGACGACGGACGAAUUCACGUUGUUUCUCUCUCUACUUUCCUCGAGUUCGGAUUCCUUUCGCAGGAAGAGGCAGAUGGAGGUGACAAUUCAGACCUGGAAAAGACGGCAGUCCUUCGCGGUCAAGCAUUCUAUCCAGAACUCGAGCCACAAAGCCCUCUGAAUAGCAAACAAAGGGCAAAUGAGAGGAAGGCAGUGGCUAGAUAUACAGAGCAAGGGAAGGCACGGCCUUGGGUUGAGGGAAUGUUUGUUGGUGAGGGGUUUGUAUUGUUGAAGGGAAGCAGGAGUGUGGGUUUUGUGCUUGUGCGAUGGAAGUAAUUCUUUUGUGUCAAUCUGUACAUAUAUGCGAGAAGCUACGUGUGGAUGUGUAUUUCAGGUUAGAAAGCUCGAUCGUUAUAUAUCUAAAGGCGAUUAUCCGUUUUCCACCCAACUUAACACUAGGUCGAAUUAGUGUCCCGACAUGGGUCGCCUAGUAUUUGUACAAUCUCUUUAACUGACUAUGCUGGCAUUAAGCUUACCCUUUAUGCGCUACGUAUUCAUCGAACUGUGAUGUUGCGAUAUUGG